UCUACUUCGAGCUUGAUUUUCCCUCCAACUUGUUCUUCAUCUAUUUUCCGGGAAAAUGUUGGGACGUGGUAAGGGUUUGGACAAGGGAGGAGCAAAACGUCACCAUAAGGUCCUCCGGGACAACAUCCAAGGCAUCACCAAGCCCGAGAUACGUUGUCUGGCUUGUAGGGGUGGUGUGAAGCGUAUCAUCGGUCUGAUCUACAAGGAGAACGUCAUUCGUGAUUCCGUGACAUACACCGAGCAUGCAAGGAGAAAGACUAUGGCAGCCAUGGAUGUGGUUUACACUUUGAAGAGGCAUGGAAGGACUCUCUAUGUAUUUGGGGGUUAGACUGUAUAAUUUGGGCCUUAAGAUGUUAAGUUCUUACUAGCGAUUGUAGAUCUUGGCUAUAGAUCUGAUUUCCAUGUUCUUUUUUGUUAUUUCCUUUUGUUUCUACAGGUUGUAAU